AUGGUUUGCGGGAAAUGUGAAAAGAAGCUCCAGAAGACAGAGCUCGCAACUCCCGGCGUCAAGAACAAGAAUGACAAGUACUUUGGCUCUCCCUCCACGCUGGGUGGCCCUGCCAAAGGCAAGGCGACGCUCGGAUCCACAGGCGUGGGGAAGAGCAAAUUGUUAAGCGCAAAAGCGAAGAAUCCAUAUGCCGCCUAUUCGGGGUCCUGCGAGUCUUGCAAAGCCAAGACUGCGCAGGGAAGGAAAUUCUGUCAUAAAUGCGCAUUUCAGAAGCACUCAUGUCCCAUGUGCGGCAAGAGCCUGUCAGGCAAAUCGGGCAAGGAUGAGCCUCUUAUUCAGGGCCGCAACUAUACGCUGAAAUGA